CAGCACUCUUAUGGAUGUCACCAGUCUCGUGCAAGUGGUAGCCGCAAGAACAUGUACGUGGCCAAGGUACAGUACAGUCGAUCAGGUACUUCUCGCAUGCUACCAUCCACCUCGUAUUCUGCUGCCUGUUUUCUCUCACUCCGGCACCUCCCUACGUAUAACCUUCUACUCGUUCCACUUCCGAAAGCUAAUCACAUCGCUCACGAGCUCUGAAGGUGAUACUGUCUUACACCAUCAGCUUCGUGCCCUCGUGCCGUCGUGUCACGGAUUGCGGCGUUAUCUAUCUGCAGGCGCAACCCAGCCCGACGUCCAACCGCUAUAUGCUCGGGAUGGCCUCAGAAAUGGAGAUUAUGAUGCAAGAUUUGGCUAAAGAUGUUGGGAAACUCAAAGAUCAUACCAACUACACUCGAUGGCACAGCCGCCUCCGCCGCGCUCUCAAACAGCGAGACAGUCGCUUCUGGCCUACACUGACGGGCGCGAACAAGCCACCAGUCUUGCACAAGCUUUAUCUCCCCGAUGACAAUGUCGUGCGCGAGGGUCUCGCCGAACAGCACAUCGUUCCCCUGGAAUCUAUCUCUGCGGAUCAAAUAGUCGACCACAUCAACAAAACCGUCCACGAGCCCAAUGCCUCUCUUUCGGCUUGGCAAGCCAUCGAUCAGAAGCUGCUACCUCUUUUUCUGGUCACUCUGGGAUCUCAUCUCCAGUUCCAUGUUAGAUUGGCCAAGACGGGCUCCGAUGCAUACCACAUCAUUGAGGGUAUGUUUCACGGACCAGCCAAACAUUACGUGUGGGCCAACUGGAUCAACUGCACUUUCAGUACUCAGAAAACGGCUACGGAAUUUGUCCAUCGAUGGCGUCGAGCUUUGGAUGAGGUGCUUUAUCUUUUCGAGAACGAUGCACCCUCGCUCACAUGCCAGCUUAGCCAGUUCAUGGCUGCUAUUGAUGGUCAUCCCGGUACAAUGUCCUGGGCACGGGAGGCUUCUUUUGAUAUGAGUGAUGCUUCUUUGAUGGAAAAGGUAUUUCGGUCGUUUUUGUCUCGCUUGGCAAAAUUUGAGAGAGCGGCCAAUGGGCUGAAGGUACAUUGGAAUAUUUGACUCCCAGGAGGAAUUGAGGAUUAGCUGGACAUGGGGUUCUUCUGACUGGGAAGAACUUGAAUGUGGAUAUUGAAGAUUUCGAGCCUACAUUUACUUUCAUUCGUCUAUGGAACUUGCAGGUCUAGCAUUCCCAAUAGACUCGGCGAGAGAUCUUGAACAUUGCAUGUCUGAGUUGACAAUGGGACAGGGCUGUGCUUGUUCACAAAUCUAUGGAUAUCUCUCGAAUUCUUGUUUUCCCACGCCUGUUCUCGUUAAGCUUUGCUUUAAUACCGGCUCUACUAGGCGCUCAGGGACCGUACUCCGAGUCACUUCCGGAUGGCGGUCAACGUUUAUGCCAAAAACGACAUUCUUGAGGUUUGAGAAUAUGCAGAAGAGUGAAAACUUUAUAGUCGAAUUGAUGGCUUUUCAUAUGUCCACGGAAGGCAUUAUUGAUUGAUAGCCAAGAUCAGCAUCGUGUUGGCUUCGAUUCAGAUUGAUUCUUGGUCUACGUUGCAUUGAAAUCACGCAAAACGAUGCUGAUCAGGCACUAUGGAGCGCUGCAACACAAACUCGGUGGCCUAGACCUAGACAUACCAGAUCCAGAUUCGAAUGAGAAGCAAGAAAUAUUUAAAAGCUAAGACCAAACAGGGGUUCUGGUGCAUGUACAAAAUACUCUGACACAUCAAUGUCUACCGGG